AUGAGCGAUGAGGAAGACGAACCGCGCAUGGUCCAUGAUCAACCAUACGAUGAAUCGAUGGAUAUUGUUGAUGGAGAAGAUGUAGCUAGUGUUUAUACACCACAAGCAAGUAGUCGAAGGCCAGCAGCACCAGAUUCGAACUAUGCUUCUGGAGGAUCGAAAUUUCUACGUGAAAGACCCAUGCACCAUCGACCCGAUGAAAGUCCAUAUGCUAGUCCUCGAAACGAUGAUCAUGAUGAAACUCAGGGAGAUUCCGAUUCAGAUCAAGGCUCGUCUCAAGCAUUACAUGACGCUGGGAAUGGUCAAAAGGAAUACAAAGCACCUGACCCAAACGCAUACGAUCCAAAAAUGUACCGAGAUUUACCAGUAUCAGCCGAAAUCAAGGAUUUAUUCAAAUACAUUGACAAGUAUCAACCACAAGAUAUUAUACUGGAAACCAAACUGAAACCAUUCGUUCCGGAAUAUGUACCAGCUAUUGGCGAUAUCGAUGCUUUUUUAAAAGUACCUCGACCAGAUGGAAAAGAAGAUUCACUUGGUCUCAUCGUACUCGACGAACCAUCCUCAAGACAAAGUGAUCCGCACGUACUCGGCUUACAAAUGCUUUACACAUCCAAUCAACCGAUUGCCAAAGCCUUACCAACUAAUGUUCGGCAUGUCGUCCACGCCGAUAAAAAUCCGAAAGCAAUUGAAGAAUGGAUUCAUAACAUUAGUAAAUUACAAAAGAGUAAGACGGGUGAUACCGUUCAGUAUCGAAGACCUAUGCCAGAUGUUGACAGUCUGAUGCAAGAAUGGCCAAGUGAAUUUGAAGAUCUACUUCGAGAAACAGCUGUGCCACCUGCUGAUGCCGAUGUCGAUCUCCCAACAUACAUAGAUAUAGCUUGUGCAUUGUUGGACAUUCCUGUCUACGAGUCACGCGUUCAAUCGCUACACGCUCUAUUUACACUUUAUCUGGACUUUAAAAAUUCUGAACAUUUCAAAGCAAUGAUGAAUGUAUCAGAUUCACCAAUGCGUCGGGGAGGAAACGAUGACAGUGCUGAUCGAAUGAAUUUAUUUUUAUCGAUUACUUUCCAUUUAUUACUAUCGAGAUUGUAUGGCAUCGAUCGAAUGAAGACAAGAGAGGUGAUACAAUAA